CGUCAGCCUUCGCUUCACCCAGCUGUACCACCUCCCUCGUAAUCAAGCGCAUAGGCAAUGAUGAGGCCAGCUCUCUCGUAGCCUUGUGCCUAGUCACUGCAAAACCAGUGAAUGCGGACUGCACGGCAUAAAAGCUGCUCUGGCGUUUCUCCCCAGCUCACUCUAUUCCUUGACUUGUUCUUUCAAUCCUCUCUCAAACCCGCUGCAUUCUCUUCGCCGCUUGUACGUACAUGAGCUCGUAUACCGACGACGAGUGGACUAUUCUCAAUCUCAUUACUGUCUCUCAGAUCAACAUGGAGCAAGUUAAUAGCGGAGUCCUCAAUAAGGGAGAUGCACCCCCUCGCGAAUGCACUACCAACACCAAAUCUGGGUCAGAUGAGAGCAAGCCCAAAGAAGAGUGCACUUGCGAAGUCAACCCAAAUCUUGUGCGUAAGGACAGCGUCGGAUCGGUCGACGAGGACUACCGUCGUCCUCGUCGCGCGGGUCGAGUGCCGCCCGCAGGUCAUCGUCGCUACACGCCGUCGCCGAACCGAUACUACCCUCCGUCGCAACCUAUCAUCUCUACGAUCAACUCGUCAACUCAGUUGCUCGAGAGAGUCGGCAAAGAGGAUAGCAUGGUUGAGCUUCCGGCCCCAGCUAUUCGCAAUGUCUACCUCACUACCUACCCCUUCGGCGACAGGGACAUAAAGAAAUGGUCAUGGCUCUUUGCUGCUGGCAUUGAAGACGAAUUUGUACUACAGAGCACUCGUAACAUGAAUGGCGACUGGCCUACUGUGGAGCGUGCCCGCCUGCGCAACGACGGGUUCAUUCCCUACGAUUCAGAGAGAAUCGACAUACCUUCCGUGUGCCUCUCGCAGGCGCUCGACACAGAGGUGGUGCCUGAAAACACCAAGCACAACGUACGCUAUCUUAUUGUAACUCAGAAGCGCUUUGGGCCUAAUGGGGCCAAAUUGAUCGUUGUGGAGUCGCGAAAGGCGGCUGCGAUUCAGAUUUUCUACAACAUUUUGAAUGGUGACGAGGUCCUGUUUGUUGGCGCCACAGUGCACCAAUGCAGGCCUGUCCAUCCGAAGAAGUAUAAGAAGGUUAAUAGCCUAGAGGAUGCGAUUAGCAUCCAGGACGAAGGCUUCGUCGGCAUUGUUUGCUGAGGCGCUCCCAAUCAUUCUCGUGUAGUUGUUUACUAUUUUCGAACUGACGCUCUCUACCCCUUCCAAUUUGGCUUUUGCAAUAACGUGACGACGACACAUAAUAACAGAUAGCAUCAUACCGAUAUAGUAAGUCCUUGCACAUAUACUAAGCUCGCAUUGCC